AUGCGAGCAGUCAGCCCAUCCUUCGCAUCCAAGUUUGGCCGCGAACUCCGCUUCCUGAAAGAGCCCAUCAUGUGGAGGAGCACCAUUACCGAAUUUCAUUUGCUUCCGACAUCAGCCAAGGCACUCUUGGCCAUACUGGACGGACCACAGAUUCGAGAGGACGUGGUCGAAAAGACAAUGGACCCGGUUGGGUUCAGAAUGACUGCCUGGUCGGAGUCCUUCGCCAAGCUAUGGUUGCAGCUCCACGGGCGCCGGUUUUGUGCAUACAACCGCCGCUAUGGCCCGGAGUGUCCAAGAGCUGAGAAGAAGGGAACGGAUGCGUCCAUCAAACGUUCUCAACUACGCGCCCUUCAAGAUUUGGGACGGCGCUUGGCGGGCCGAGACCUGCUUGGUGACGACAACCAGCUGGAGGACACCAAAGACAUGCAGAACUUUCGGAAGCGGACGGCCUCGCGCGAUGAAGAACUUCGCCGGAGUAAGCAUGCUGCUGUCUUCCGAGCCACCCCUCGGCUCUCUGAUCCUCGGUCAUGUGUUUUGUUCGGGAACGAGCCAGCAUUGCGAUCUCGGAAGCCGGAGUCCUUCUCCCAGGUGUUCAAAGCGUGCUCGGGCAAUGUUCAACUUCAUGACGGCGCCCGCCUCGUGCCGAAUUUGGUGGACGCCAUGAAGCACCGUGCUCUGGUGAUUGUUGGCAAUGUCAGUGCCCUUCAAAGCGCCCUCGAUUUGCCGCUGACUUGGGCUGUUGCAACUGCGGGCCUGAGCGUGUGCAACAAGACGACAUAUGAAGCCAACGACGACACAGUGCUGGUCCAUUUUGCCAAGAAGAAGCAAGUGGCAUACGUGUCGGAGAAAGUUCUGCAAGACAACCCUGCUCUCGCAGCUGUCGUGGAAGCGGGCUUGGAGAUGGAUCUGCUGGUUAUGGGUCAGAAGCCUGCGGACAAGAAAGAGGCGGACUCCGUGACGGUGGACUCAUUUUGGCAAGCCCGAUCCGUGGCCAGACAGCUGCUGAGCGUCAAGCGCAGAACCGAAACUGUCAGCAUGCCUGGCGUUGCUUUGCAGAAUGGGCGCCCCACCACAAAAGAGUCCUUGCGGGCGACGUUGCAGCAUAUGUUCGUCUCUCGGCCCUGUCACGCUGUCAUGAAAGUGGAUGGCUGUCCUUCAUAUUUACAGAUCACUAGAUCAAUCCUCCCCAGAGAAGUUGAUGAGGAGAAGGAGAAGGCCACGGCCUGGAAGCCAGAGAGCCCAGGGUCGGGCCAGCGCCCUGCCUCCCCAGAUCGCGCGGCAUGGAUACAGCGCCCACAACGGCGACCCGCAUCGCCCUCGCCAGAGCGGCUGCCGCGGCCCACGCAGCCAAAAGCAGAAAGAUCUCAGAGCCAGGGCGAGAUGAGACAGUACGAGGUGAAGUCUCUGCCUCAAAACGAGGUAAGACUUCAGAGCCUCGCAGAGGCAAGGUAUCAGAGGAGGACGAGGCUUUCAGGACACGAAAGCCCAGGGCAGUCUACCCCAAUCCGGCCGGAUGAACAGAUUCCGCAGCAUCCGGCGGCUGCGCCCCAACCGGAGGUUCGGAUUCCUGUCAUCUCUGUGGAUCUCGGGGGCUACGCCAGCUCCAUCCGCGUGGGAACGCCGACUGUUCCGCCUCCAUGUGGUCACAGCCUGCCUUCUUGGGCAACCACCGAUGCAGGCCUCAGUCCGUUUCACAAGAAGCUCGCUCACUUUGCGGCCGAGAAGAUCCAACGUGCUUGGCGCCGCUGGUGGCUGUGUAAUUGCAGCUGCUUCGGGCCCCAAGGGCUCCGUGCGCUGCGGGCAUCCAUCGUAUAUGUGCAGCGCUGGUGGCGUGACAUUCUUUUCCGCAAGCUGAUGAGACGACAGGUCGCCAAAGUCUGGCGAGGGAUCUUCCUUCGUGCCCAGCUUCUCCGCUCAUCGGCAAACAGGCUGCAGCGUGGCUGGCGCAUGCAUCUGACUAUUCGAUGGCGACUUCGGAUGCGGCAAGCCGCGGAGGAAAUCCAGCGAGCAUGGCGUUGUCACAUGGCUUGCGUGCGGCAAAGGCAGAAGCGCACAGCGCUUCAGCAGCUGAGAUCUUUUACAGCCAGGAAGAACGCAGCAAGUUUCGUGCUCCGUGCCAUGAAGCGGUUCUGCCAGGUCCAGCGCGAAGCUGCCAUUUGUUUGCAGAGCCACUGGCGUGGGCUGCAGAUCCGCCGUCGCUUCGCCGGCGACCGUGACCAGAUGCUGCGUGCGCGGGACCGGCGCGACAUCAUCCGCAGAAAGGCUAGUCAGCUUUUGACGGCCUCAGGACAGAGGACGAUGGCUCCCUCUACCCAGCAAGUUGCGAUGGCGGCCAUGGCGGCCGUGGGCUGCACGGCCUUCGUGACCGCGCCCAGCACCGCACGCGGCCCCGCGUUGCGAAGCGCCCAUGGCCAGGCAAAGGCCCAGGCCUCCUCCUCUUCCGGCUCUGGCCUGGCUGCCCUGGCCAUCUGUGGCCUCGGUGCAGUGGGUGCAGCCUCCGCUCCUAAGAAGCAGAGGUCUCUUGCGCUCCGCGCUUUUGAGACUGAGCUCGGGGUGCAGCCUCCAGCCGGGUUCUGGGAUCCUCUAGGCUUCACCAAGGGCGGCGAUGCGGCCUCCUUCCGCCGCCGAAGAUAUGUGGAGUUGAAGCACGGACGUGUGGCAAUGUUGGCAUGCAUGGGAUAUAUUGUCCCUGAGUACUACCGUUGGCCAGGCGAGCUCUCUCCCUCCCUCGGCCUGAAGUUCACGGAUGUCCCCACUGGCUUUGCCGCCUUCUCCAAGGUGCCUCUCAGUGGCUGGGCUCAAAUGGUGGCUUUCGCAGGCAGCGUGGAGCUCUUCCAGUAUGUCGACGAUCCCAAGCGUGCCCCGGGCGACUUCGAAAACGCAGGUCUCCUUGGCAUCCCCAAUGGCUUCAUGAAGGCUCCGGAGGGCCAGAAGGAAAAGAAGCUGGCUGCAGAGAUCGCAAACGGCAGGCUGGCCAUGAUGGCUAUCAUUGGCAUGUUCUUCCAAAACGGACUGACUGGACAGGCAUGGGGUGACUGGUCUCUCUACACUGACUCCCCGCUGCGUGCACUGUCGCCAGCGCAGGAGAUCAUCGCCGGGACUGGCGGUCCUCUCCCUGACAACUUCUGGGAUCCGGCAGGCAUCACCAAUGGCAAGACCGAGAAGGAGAUCGCAAUGCUCAGGGCCAUGGAGCUGAAACACGGUCGUGUGGCAAUGCUCGCAGUGCUCCACUGGUUCCACGUGGCUGCGGGUUACCACCUCUUGGGUGAUUAUGCCAUCGGCGAGAGGAUGAGCAACGACCCCCUCGUCAGCUUGACCCAGCUCCCCAUGGGAGGCAUGUGGCAGGUGAUAUUCACCAUCAUGUGCUUGGAGUGGCUGACCACCUACAUUUGCAAGCCGCCUGAGGACCGCCCUUGGGACGUGCUCGGGUGGAAGGGAAUCAUCGACGAGGACUACCCUUCCGAGAUCUGGAACGGAUGGAAGCGGGUCCAGUGCCAGGAGCUGAACAACAGCCGCCUUGCCAUGGUGGCCAUCACUGGACUCGUCGCACAGGACGUCGUCACCGGCGACUACGUCGCAGGUGUCGGCAAGCUUUGCGGCGGGGCGGAGGUGUGCAACCAGCCCAUUGACUAUUCUCCUUGGCAGAACCUCCCUCCCAUCGACGACUUUGUGGCCAAUGCACCCUCUUGGGCGAAUGGACCAGCUCUCUACGGUGUCAACUAA